AUGAAUAAAAUUAGCUAAAAUCUUGUAGGAUACCAAGAAGCUAAAUAUAAGCUUGCUUUGCAUCUUCUAAAAAGGAAAAAAAUCAAAGAGAUGUACCGAAUGAAAGAUGUCUAAAUGCUCGAUAAGCCUGAGUUAGUCAUUUCUGAUAUCUAAGAACCUAAGUUAAAGCCUUAUUAAGCUUUAAUUUAUUAGUCUAUGAAAAUCGAAUUAAGUAAAAAAGGCUACUCUGAUUUUAGAUUUUUAGGACAGGGAGUAUAGGGAUUAGUUUUGUUAGCAAAAGAUUCGAAAACUAACAUGAGGUAUGCCAUCAAAGGUGUUUAAGUUAGAGAUCCUCAAGGUAAUCUUGACGAAGAUCUUAACAAUCGAGUGAAACAAGAAGUAGAAAUUCUCAAAAAAUGUAGAGACUCUCCUUAUGUAGUCAGUCUUAUAGAUUAAUUUGAGGGAUAACAAUUUAGUUACUUAGUUCUAACUGAGUGUUAAGGAACUCUCACCUAGAUUUUAGAAAGGAACUAAAACAAAAGACUGAAUGAAAUAUCAGCAAUCAAAUACGCUAAUGACAUUGCUCAAGGUCUCUACUACAUUCACUCUAAGAGCUGCCUUGUUAAUGAUCUGAAAAUGGAUAAUAUCUUAAUUGACUAUCAUGGAAAUGCAGUUGUUUCUGAUUUUGGUUUGGCAGAUAACCUAAUAAAUAAAUCUGGCUAUGCUAUGAAUCAAUAUAUGGGAAACUUCUUGUAUCAAGCACCAGAGUGUUUUGACCCAGCUGAUCCAUUCAUAGGUAAGGUUUAUCAUGAUGAAUAUUUAAAAUUAGGAGUCAGUGUGAGACAAUAGCCAAGUAACAGAAGUGAAGCAUGCUCUUUAGGGUAUCUUAUAUAUACACUUGUCUAGGGAAUAGAUUUGAGUUUUACAUAAAAUAAGCACAAACCAUUAAAUUAUGAUGGUGAAUUUAAAAAUUUUGUUUAUCACAAAUAGCUUAAAUAUAUUAUUGAUGGAUUAACUAAUUUUGUUCCAAAGAAUAGAAUGCCUAUUAAGGAGGCUUUAAUUAUUUUAAAGGGAAUUAUUUCUUUUGAAUUUUAGUUAGAUGAAAUGCUUAUUGAGACGAUAGAUGGAAACACUCAGCAGUUCACAUGUUCAUUCAAAAAUGAAAUUGAGUUUGUUAAAGAUUUGUCAAAUAAGUUUUACCCAAUCAUUAAAAACGAACAGACCUUAAACUAAGAGUUAAAAGAAGACCGUGAAAAAAGAUAAUAUGAGGCAAAAAUAGAAGAAUUAUAGAAAACAAAUCUCUAACAAUAAUAAAGAAUUAAUGAAUAAGAAAAAACCAUUAAAGAUUUAUUCACCAAAUUAGAAUAUUAUUAGAAUUAGUUAAUGAACCAACCUUAGACUAUGACGAUGCCAACCUUGAAAAUGAAGGACUAGUAACAUGUUAUAUUUUAAGAAAUUAAAAAAUAGGAAAAGAAAGAUGAAUUUCCAAAAGAAAAAAACUAACUGUAAAUUCAAAAAUAAGUUUUUAAUAGAAACUAAUAAAAAUAUUAUGAAAAAGAAACAUGUAAUUAAUUUUUUAAUUAAUUCCUUUUGAAAAUUAUUUAUUAACUAAACAAUUAUCUUUCACUUAAAAAAACUGAAUGA